AUGGAGAGAGUGAUGAACAUCAUAAAGCCGAAGCCUGAUCCGAAGCAACUCUUGCGUGAUUGGCAACGCAAACUCCGACAGGAAUCUCGUAACAUCGAACGCCAAAUCCGAGAUAUACAGAAAGAAGAGAGAAACGUACAGAAAGCUAUUAAAGAAGCUGCAAAGAGGAAUGAUAUGGUUUCAGCUAAGGCACUUGCUAAAGAAAUUGUGGGUUCGAGAAGAACAGUGAACCGUCUAUAUGAAAAUAAGGCGCAGAUGAAUUCGAUAUCAAUGCACCUUGGGGAGAGUGUUGCAAUUGCUCGAACAGUUGGGCAUCUUUCCAAGAGUGCAGAGGUUAUGAAGCUAGUCAAUAAUCUCAUGAAGGCUCCACAAAUGGCUGCAACAAUGCAGGAAUUCAGCAAAGAGAUGACUAAGGCUGGAGUAAUCGAGGAGUUUGUGAGUGAAGCUAUUGACAAUGCCUUAGAUUCAGAGGAUAUGGAAGACGAGAUCGACGAGGAGGUUGACAAAGUAUUGACAGCAAUUGCAGGAGAAACCGCUGCAGAGCUUCCAGAUGCUGUCAGAAAGGAAAGAAUAAAGGUACCUGCACAGAAAGCGAGCACUUCCCGCGAGGAAGAGGCAAUUGCAGAGGGUGUUGAUGAUGAGGAAGAAUUGGAGGAAAUUCGAGCUCGGCUUGCUAAAGUUAGAUCAUAA